AUGGCCUCCUGUACAAGGGGCUACGGCUUCGGCCAUGACAUGCUCCUCCUUCUCCCCCGAUCCGCCACCAGCCAUAGCUGUUUCCAACCCUGUGCAGCACGAACACUGCAUGCGCGCCGGACAGUACGAGCGACGCGCACCUUCGAGACCUCCGCCUAUCUCCGCGCUAAACAAAAAUCCUCCGCCUUGCCCGUCAAACAGAAGCCAGCCCCCAAGAAGCCACCUCCGCCGACCCUCGCGCACCGCCCACAACCCAGAGCAACGCCUCCCACCCCAGCAGCACCUUCCGCCGCAAAACCAAGCUCCGCCGCCCUAUCCGUCGCCGAGCGUCUCGCGAAGCGCGGCGGGCGAACCGUUCUCUACGAGGGACCCUCCCACUUCUGGCUGCGCGCCUCGGGGCUGUCGGCGUCGGUCUUCUGCAUGGGCUACGUGGGCAUCCACUACUGGAGCAUAAUGGUGCACCCGCCCGAGGGCCUCGCCUGGUGGGUGCCGCACGCCUUCGUGCCGAUCCUGCUUGCCAUGGGCUACUUCAGCGGGCACUUCGCGCUGAGCACCACCAACAUCGUCAGCUCGAUCACGGCGGUGCCGCGCGGCCUGCUGCCGCGCUCGUACCUGACCGGCGGAGUCGCCAAGAAGUCCAAGCAGGAGGAGAGGUCGCUGGUCGCGCUCAACGCGAGCCCCGUCGCGCUCGAGGUCGCCGUCACCCCGCUGGUCCCGCUGCUGCCGCCCAAGAAGGUCGUCGUCGCGCCCGAGGAGGUCGUGCUGCCGUUCAAGAUGCAGUCCACGCCCGUGGGCAGGGGCGUCGUGGCCGGGGCGCAGGUCCCGAGGCGCGGCGGGGAUGUGAUGGACAGGAUCGCGGCGCCGUUCGAGGCGCUCGGCAGGGCGGUGAAGGGUCCGUUUAGUGGGAUCGCGAGGGGCCUGACGCGGGAGGGUUUCGCCAAGAUUCAGGUCAAGGGCAAUAAGUACAAGGUCGAUGUCCUGGGUGGCAAGGUGCUGGACGAGGGCAAGAUACUGGAUCACCUUGUGGCCUACCGGCCCGACAGAAUCUCGAGUGGGUCCAAGCUAUGGUAG